CCCACUCACAGCCUACCCUCGCCCGCCAUGUUCAAGUCCUCCAAGAUCGUCACGCCCGUCCCUGAGGACAGCGAGAAGAUGCAGAAGUACAUCCAGGAUCGCCGUGUCAUUGGCUACGAUCCGCUCGUGCAGCCCUCGCUCCUCCGCCACGAGAUCAAGCUCAGCCCAGAGUCCCAGAGGACGAUCGCCUCCGCCCGCUACGCCGCCGCCAAAAUCCUCGCAGGCCAGGACGACCGCGUGCUCGUCAUCGUCGGCCCCUGCUCCAUCCACUCGCCCUCCCAGGCCAUCGAGUAUGCCACCCUCCUCAAGUCCAAAAUGCCAGAGUGGAGCAACCUGCACAUCAUCAUGCGGGCGUACUUGUGCAAACCCCGCACGACCGUCGGCUGGAAGGGUCUCAUCAACGACCCCGACAUCGACGGCUCCUUCCAGAUCAACAAGGGCCUCCGCCUCGCCCGCCAGCUCCUCUGCGACCUCACCCACAUGGGUGUCCCCGUCGGCUCCGAGCUCCUCGACACCAUCUCGCCCCAGUUCAUCUCCGACCUCAUCUCCUGGGGUGCCAUCGGUGCGCGCACCACCGAGUCCCAGCUCCAUCGUGAGCUCGCGUCCGGUGUCUCCUUCCCGAUCGGCUUCAAGAAUGGUACGGAUGGCAGCGUGACGGUUGCGGUGGACGCGAUGCGCUCGAGCUCGAACCCCCACGCGUUCAUGGGUGUCACCGAGCAGGGUCUCGCGGCCAUCGUCAAGACGUCCGGUAACCAGGACGUGCACGUCAUCCUCCGUGGUGGCACCAAGGGCCCGAACUUCGCGGCCGAGCACGUCAAGGCAGCUGCUGCACAGAUCGAGAAGGCGCGCCCCCAGUACCACCCGUCGAUCAUGGUUGACUGCUCCCACGGCAACUCGCAGAAGAACUACGAGAACCAGCCAAAGGUGAUUGACGACAUCUGCGAGCAGCUCGUCGCGGGCGAGAAGCACAUCACGGGUGUGAUGGUCGAGUCGCACAUCAACGCGGGCAGGCAGGACGUGCCCCCCGAGGGCCCCGCCGCGCUCAAGCACGGCGUGUCCAUCACGGACGCGUGCGUGGACUGGGCGUCCACCGUCGAGAUGCUCGACAAGCUCAACCAGGCGGUGAAGCAGCGGCGCAUGAACUACAUCGAGGCGGGCCUCAAGAAGCCUGCCGCGUUCCAGCGCGUCAUGAACUCAUAAUUGCCGCACACGCGAUACAAUCUAACCCGCGAAGGAGUAGGAGGGCCCGCCUGUGUAGUGUCUGUAAUUCUGUCUGCCACCCCCACUGUAGUAUCCGCAUCGCCUCCCUCGCACGCACAUUCAGAUUGUUGUACUUGUCUCCGCUGCUGUCUGCUGUCGCCACAUCAUUAAUAGACUCCGCUGUACAUCUA